AUGUUUUACCGUAUUUCUAUAACCCUAUUAAAUUAUUUAAGAUUUAAAGGUCUUAGUUUCUAUGGAGCCUUUUUACACACAGACAAAUCAGUGAAUCCCAUACGCAAACCUAAAUUAGAGCCGGCAAAACUCAAAAGCUCCUCGAUGUGCUCCUCGAUACAAUCUUCAUCGGAACACUAUACGACCAGUAAUAGUAUAGUACGACUUGAUUAUACGCAAGAAACAAAAAACCAAACUUCAAAUUUCACUUCAUAUUCCUUCUCUAACUCUCUCUGGCAGCAAUUUACCUCCGAUUCCAUGGAGAAUUUGACAUCUGAAAACGAAAACAAAAUGACGAAUAUUGUUGAAAUAUCGGAAGAAGAUGUCCAUGGGGUACAGUCUCCUACACCUGCAACAAGGGACAAUGAAAAGAAUCCAAAGCCCGUCAAGCAAUUAAAGCCACAAAAAACUGGUGUGGAUGUCAAACGUCACAGAAAACUUACAUCAGAGAUCUCCGCCGCAGCAGAAGACCAGAAGAGCCGCCGGAGGUCGAUGUCGCAUCAUUUGGCGCCAUCCCGGACCCGAGCAAGUAGCAAAACCCUCAGUUGCUUUCAAGCUCGUUUUUCCUCAGAUCUGAUGUGCUUUCAUCUCAGAUCUGUUUACCUCUUGAAGUGGGUUUUUCAGCAACUUGAAGGAGGAGGAAAGAAAUUUUUACAAGUUUCUAUCCUUUCAUCAAGUUUAUAUUACCAGAAAAUUGCUGUUUAG